AUGCGCAGCAACCGGACUCAUACAACGACAGUGCUCGUCGCAAGCUGGCUUACUGCCCUGCUGGCGCUGGUCGCCGCAGAAGUGUCGCCAACUUCGCUGGCGAGCUCACCAAGAGCUGAUGUGACACUAGGGGCAAAAAGUAAUGUUUCGUACAGCCCGCUCUUGUCAAGUUUAUUCUACGCUAAAAAAAAACUCGAUGAAGCGGAUGUUUUUCAAGUAGCUGAAUCGAGGUACGGUUAUGGUGGAGGGCAUCACGGUCACAAACAAUACGGAGGUCAUGGUAGACAAGAGGCUCGCCGUUACUAUGGAGGACAACGGCAUCAUGGACAUUAUGGCGGACAUCAUCGGAACGACGGGCGAGAUUACAAAAAUCACCAUGACCAUCAUGGAAGGCAUGGCAACAGACAUGGCGGUCAUCGGCACAAUCGGUAUCACAACAACCACCGAGGAAAUUACCACCACGGACAUGAAGGCGGAAGACAUCGUUAUGGAAAUCAUCAUGGUGAACGAGGUAAAGAGGGGGGUCACUACGGGAACAAUCAUUACAAAAAUCGCGGACAUCGAAAUCACGGUCACAGGAAUGUGUAUCACAAAGAGGAUUCAGCUCAUCACAGCAGAUAUUAUGACGAUUAUCAUGAUGGAGACCAUCGCCGGAAGUAUCGCGAUCAUCAUAGACACCAUGAUAGACACGGCGGAGGCGAGCGGCACGGUCAUCACCAUCGACAACACCACGGACGGUAUCGCCACGGCGAUGACUACCACCGGCAUGGUGGAGGCCAUCACAAGAACCAUCAUGGUGAACAUGGACGUCAGGGACACGAGCACCAUCGCGAACAUGGACAGCACCGUCGUCAUGGAGGAGGACAUCAUAGAGGAUCAUAUCAUCAUAAUGGCGGACACCACCACCAACAGGGGCAUCAUCGCCAUGGUCGCCACGGAUACCACUAGUCAACUCUAAAAUAGUUAUACUCCUCCACGUAGAGAACCCUGUUUUUCAGCUAUUGUUUUUUGCGUAACACCAACGCUUUCUUUGCCCAAGGAAAUGUUAUUGUCUUGUUAAAUAUUAUUACUAGCAUAACACAAGUGGCUCUUCAUGUCCUUGUCGUUAAUGAAUGCUUUGCUAUAAUUCUAGUCGUAAGGUUAUUUCUUAUGAAAUUGUUCUUGUAUAAAGGCUAUAUACGUACAUAUAAUAAUGAUGUUGUUCUCGUCUACGAUAUAUGAAAUCUAUGCUUUUACAUACAUUAACUUUUUCAUAUCUGGCCUCAAAAUGUAUCAUCACCACCACUUAGGUCAUAUUGUGUA